CGAUCCGACGGACAGCGACAUAAAUUCCUCAUUGACAGCGGAGCAGGAAUUAAUAUACUCAAGCGAAGAUGCGUAUUACGACCAAGAAUAACAAAAGAACGAAAAUUCUCGAUGGGACACUCUAAAUUUAAAACCAACGAACACGCUUUGAUAAAACUAUUUGGCAAAACUCUAGAAUUUUUUGUGGUAGAAGACAACUUUCCAAUUAUAGAAGACGGCAUACUCGGUUUGCCAGCUCUAUCUAAAUUCAAAUUUGAACUCUCGAAUCAACAAUUAAAACUUGACAAUAAUAUACUUUUAUUGCAACAGGAAAACGACGUACCUCCAAAACAAGCAGUGUCAAAAACAGUCUACCUGGAAGGAAAACCGACAACGAUAUGCUUUAUCAAUGGUGGUCGACGCUCCUCUUUGCCGGAAUAGUAUCCGCGCAAAUAAAUAUUACACCAUUAGAAGGAAACUCUGUAUUCGUAGAAAACAUAGGAAAAGGAUAUUUAUAC